AUGUUGUCCACUGUCUUUGAAGUCGGGAAACCGACUUUCCCGCCGCGCUCCUUGACGCGCCCAUGGAUCUCGAGGUCCACUCGAAACGCCCGGCAGGUCGAGCGUCAGUUAGAACGGGAAGAUGAAGAUCCCGAACUACGCAUGCCCGACAAACCUUCGCUGGUCAUCAUCAUCAUGACCAAUAUACUCUCACAAACGAGCAACUUCAUCGUGGUGUCAUCUGGCCCUCAAUAUGCGGCCCAUCUCGGAGGCACAAACACGUUCGCCGGUCUCAUCAUCGGUAUACCGAUCUUGACGUCCGGAAUGGCCCUUGUACCCUUCGUACGGUAUGACCGAAGUCUUUACAAGAUACCUCUCCUCAUUAGCUGCGUUGCCGCCGUGGUUGGGAACGUCCUCUACGGCCUUGCGUACCGAGCCAACUACCUCUACCUGAUCCUCAUCGGCCGCAUGGUCCUCGGCAUCGCCUUCACGAACUUCCUCUAUACGAAGCGCUUCUUUUCGGACCGCCGUGUCACGGGUAUACGCAGGAGAACGACGCUCGCCAGCUGGCUUGUCAUCGGUCAAAGCGUUGGGUUCACUGUAGGACCAUUUGUCGGCGGUCUGCUGUACAAGAUCGGCUUCUCGAACAGCGUGUUCAAUGGUUUCACGAGUCCUGGGUGGAUUAUGGCGACUGUAUGGACGCUCUUCGGGUUGGCCACACUGUUCUGGUUCAAAGAAGUGCCCAGGCAGCUUCCGGUCGAACAGGCACUACCUCUACAACACAUGUCAUUACAACCCGGCACCAAAGAGGAGCAGGGUGCAGAGCAGGCCGGGAGGUCGAAAUCGAGCAUCGAGAUCGCGGGCCGCUCAUCUCAUGAGCAGCCACAUUCGAGCGCGCAACCCGAGCUUGAGACCCCCAGCUACCGUCCUACACGUCAACAGUGGGCAGUGAUAGCGACCAUGUGUUGGUUUGCCAUGACAUGCUUCUUCGUCUUGGGCGCCUGGGAGUCAUUCAUCCCGAUCUACACCGCACGCGCCUUCGACAGCUCCCCCUUUGCAGCCGGCAACCUUAUCGCGCUGGGUGGACUCUGCACCUUCCCCUUCAUGCUCGCCAACAUCCGCUUCUCGCGACGCGUGCAAGACCGCCAGAUCCUUGCUGUUGGAUCAGGAGUCGGCCUUGCAGGAUUGCUCAUGACGAUAGCGCUCUUCGCCGCGGACAGGAUGAAGUUUUGGUCGUUGUUCGGGUGUUGGUUCCUCGUUGCGCUGGGGUUCAACCUCGCUAGCACGGUCACGCUUAGCUUGCUCUCGAAGCAGAUGCCCCAUCACUGGAACGGAAGGAUAUCGCUGAUCAUCCAGUACAGCAACUUCUCAGGAAGAGUGUCAGGCGCGGUGUGGGGUGGAGCGGGCGUAAGCGUCGGGUUGAAGAGCUAUGUUGGGUUGCAGCUUGCACUGAUUGGGAUCGGCGGGGUGAUGUUCUUGACAUUGUGGAGGGAGCUGAAGGCAAAGAAAGGGUAA